AUGCAGUACUUCCUCACCCUGAACAAGGACUCUGGCAAACUCUGCGAGGCAUUCAAACGAGACCUCUUCCCCACCGAAGUGCCGAUAACAGCCGAAGAGAGGGAUUUUCCUCUCGGUUUUAUCCUCACUGUGUACAAAAGCAUCAAUCAGGUGGCGCGUCUGCUACGUCUCAUAUAUCGGCCACAAAACUUCUACGUCAUUCACGUAGAUAGAAAGUCACCACAGGAGUUCUAUGACGCAGUCCAAGAAAUCGCAAAAUGCUUCGGUUCCAAUGUUGGUGUAGUUCCUCGAACUGAAAGCGUCAGCGUUGUCUGGGGAGAUUACACGGUCUUGGAGCAGGAACUGGUUGCCGCGCGAAUGCUCCUGCAAAUGGGGAAGUGGAAGUAUUUCAUAAAUCUGACAGGCCAAGAAUUGCCUCUGAAGACAAACUUGGAAUUGGUCCUGGCACUGAAAAUGCUAAAUGGAUCCAACAUCGUUGAGGCCUCAUUAAAAAAUCGAUUCAAAUUCCGAAUACCGAGACGUAGACCAUCAUUCCCAGUAAGUAGUUUGGUCUAUUAAAUGAGGCUAUUUCAUUACAUCUUUAAUCAUGUGUCCUAUAAUACAGCCUUCAUCAAAUCUGAUAGGCGCAUUUGACGUGAAAUGCAAGCGAAUCAAUUUGUUUCCCGCUCAGCAUUUGUUGUUGCAUCUUAUAUGUUCAUUGUAAGUCACAGAAUGUUCGUGCAGAGAAGGGAGAAUGUUUGUGACCUUGACGCGGAGAACAAAAAUGGCGGACGUUAUGAAAGCCCAUUACGAUCGGAAGCACGUUUCAGCGGUGUCUGUCGUGUCCCCGCAUGCAACUUUUCAGUAAGCGGCUGAAGCUGGGUCGCAAAGAAGAUGCAAAUGCCAUUACAGUGUCACAGUCCUUUUGGCGAUACUUUGAUAGUCCUAAGUUGACAGAGCAGAACGACAGCUGGUGACCCCUCCAUGAGCGUAUAAUUAAAGACAGCUAGCGUUCAGACGCUUCGCUUAUCUGGAUAAAUAGCAGGGCGUAUUGAAAGCUUGAGUUUCGAUUGAUCUCAAGAACGGCCCGCUUGGUCUGAAGGCAGUUAUUCUGGGUGCCAGGUGUAAGUGUGUCUGUCUGGUGAAAGUAAUUCAUACAGCAAUGGCCAUCAAAUCCUCCAGGCCAGGUCGAUAUUGCUUUAAAGAAAAAGCUCGCUAGUUUGGUCGGAAAUGCCCAUUCAGAAGGCGGGGAUAGAAAUGGUUGCCUUUUGUCUAGAUGUGCCCCCAAAUAUAGGAGACGAGUUCGUAACAAAACUAACCUAUGGAAGUGUAUUUGAGACUUCAUGUAAAACAUAAAGGCAGAGUUAAGUAACUGGGAAUAAAUCGAUACAAGAAGAAUCGCACAAGCCGCCGAAGAGUACAGUGCGUGACCGAUCUCAUGAAAUGUUUGCCUAAAUUCCGGAAUGCGUUUCCGAUUGGGAAGGAUUACUUAAGUUUGCUUGUUAUACUGAUUAUCAUGCAGCAUAACCCUAUAACAUUUCGGACUCGCCAGAAUGUCGGCAUGUGGGUGCACUUUUUUUGACCUCCUGCAGAAACCGCGCUCGGUAAAAAAUGACUACUACACUAGCAUGCAUUUUUCCUUUUGAUUUUCGAUGGCCUUAUAAAUUCGAAUAUAUUUUAUAUAAAACAUCCACAAAAUAUGUUUUGUUUCGCUCGUUUGGUGGAACAUCACAUUGUCUUCAUAUGUUAUGCCCAAAGAAAGUGUGUAUUAUGGUUUUAAAAUGUUUCCCAACUCCCUAAUAAUUUUCAGCCUGAUCUGCCAUUGCAUCAGCGUUUAGCUGUUUCAGUCUACAAGAUGCAUGCUUUCCGUGUAAGAAAUAUCAUAUAUUCCUCUAUGCCUUUAAAAAGACACCACAUGAAAUUUUGCAAUGGAUCCGGACUGUGUUGUACAUUUCAUGAGGUAUAUAUGUAUAAUUUUCCUUCUUUUAUAAUUUCAGUUAAUAUGGCUCAAGAACACAGUCCACGUUGCGCUUUUGAGGGAAUUCGUUGAAUUCAUGCUGAACGACAAGAGGGCACUCGAAGUCCGAGAUAUGCUGAUUAAUUUCUCCUACCAUCGGCAUCCUGAUGAACAGUUCUAUGGAACGCUUGUCUACAAUACACAGCUUGGUGCCCCUGGAGCCUGUCCAGGCCUAUACAAAAAUGGCAAAGUGAACCAAGACUUUGCACAAUAUGAAGGAAUGCUGCGCUAUAAAAUAUGGUCUUCUAGACCCUGUCCUACAAAGUACGUCCGCUGGAUAUGCAUUUUAGGAUCUCAGAGUUUGCCCGAUCUGAUUACAUCCCCAUAUCUCUUCGCGAACAAAUUUCACGAGGACUACUAUCCCGAGGGUUACAGCUGUCUGGAGUUUGCAAUCGCCAAUCGGACCUACCAAGGUCCUGCCUCCAAUUUUGAUCCAUCAGUCUUCGCAAGGUUUCGUUGUUCUUCAGAACAUUUGUAA